AUGACGUUCAAGCAAGCGUCCAUGAUGGCCCCGGAGGCCACGGCCAGCACGCUGCCCAUGAGCACGAUGGAGAACUCCACUGAGGCCGCGGGGCCGGGCGAGAGCAAGGAGGACAUGUUCACCAAACUGAGGGACAAGUUCAUGAAUGAGCUCAACAAGAUUCCCUUGCCACCCUGGGCCCUCAUCGCCAUUGCGGUCGUGGCUGGACUCCUCAUCCUCACCUGUUGCUUCUGCAUCUGCAAGAAGUGCUGCUGCAAGAAGAAGAAGAACAAGAAGGAGAAGGGCAAAGGCAUGAAGAAUGCCAUGAACAUGAAGGACAUGAAGUCAGGCAACCAGGACGACGAUGACGCAGAGACGGGUCUGACGGAGGGGGAAGGUGAGGAAGAGGAGAAGGAGCCGGAGAACCUGGGCAAGCUGCAGUUCUCACUGGACUACGAUUUCCAGGCAAACCAGCUCACAGUGGGGAUCCUCCAAGCUGCUGAACUGCCAGCUUUAGACAUGGGUGGCACCUCAGACCCCUACGUCAAGGUGUUCCUGCUCCCUGACAAGAAGAAAAAGUACGAGACCAAAGUGCAGAAGAAGACCCUCAACCCUGCCUUCAAUGAGACCUUCACCUUCAAAGUGCCCUACCAGGAGCUGGGUGGGAAGACGCUGGUGAUGGCCAUCUAUGACUUCGAUCGCUUCUCCAAGCACGACAUCAUCGGUGAGGUGAAGGUGCCCAUGAACACUGUGGACCUGGGCCAGCCCAUCGAGGAGUGGCGGGACCUGCAGAGUGGCGAGAAGGAGGAGCCAGAGAAGCUGGGAGAUAUCUGCAUCUCCCUCCGGUACGUGCCCACGGCCGGGAAGCUCACUGUCUGCAUCCUGGAGGCCAAGAACCUGAAGAAGAUGGAUGUUGGGGGCCUCUCAGAUCCCUACGUGAAGAUCCAUCUGCUGCAGAAUGGCAAGAGAUUGAAGAAGAAGAAGACCACAGUCAAGAAGAAGACCCUGAACCCCUACUUCAAUGAGUCUUUCAGCUUUGAGAUCCCCUUUGAGCAGAUACAGAAAGUGCAGGUGGUCAUCACAGUGCUGGACUACGACAAGCUGGGGAAGAACGAAGCCAUCGGCAAGAUCUUCACAGGCUUGAACUCCACGGGCACGGAGCUGCGGCACUGGUCCGACAUGCUGGCCAACCCCCGGCGGCCCAUUGCCCAGUGGCACUCGCUCAAGCCGGAGGAAGAAGUGGAUGCAGCUCUUGGGAAGAACAAAUAGGCAGCUCUGCCGGCCGGCGCGGCGCUGCGGACAGUUGACCCAGAGCUACUGAUACCUCAGUUCUGCAACCUUCCUUUUGGUUUUUUUGUUCUGUUCUAAGCUGAAAUG